AUGCAGUUCUCCAGCCUCAUCACCAUCCUCACCGUCGCCAUGACCGCCGCUGCUCUCCCCGCAGCUGACGUCGCCAACAAUAAUGUUGUCGUUGCCCGCACUGGCGGCGGUGACGGCAGUGGCACCCCCGUCAACCAGUGCUCCGUCAACAACGAGAAGCCCUUCUGCUGCAACCCCGCCCCCAUCCUCGGCAUCCCGAUCGGCUUCCUUAGCUGCGUCCUCGGCGUCAUUGGCGGUACCUGCUCCGGUGUUGUCAAGUGCUGCAACGUUGACGCUCCUGCCUCUGGCUCCAUCACCCUCAACGUCCUCACCUGCGGCAUCUUGUAA